UUUAAUACAUCAGCAAAUGGCUAUCUACUCAACAAAGCAGUUGCUUAGUAUAUGUUUCUUAUUCUUCAUGGUAUCAUUUUGUUAUGGAAGGGUAAACCUAAACCCCACAUUAAAAACGAAAGCAGUUAAUCUUGGAGGUUGGCUUGUGACUGAAGGCUGGAUUAAACCUUCUCUUUUUGAUGACAUCCCCAAUAAAGACUUCCUGGAUGGAACAGCCCUUCAGUUUAAGUCGGUAACAGUUGGGAAAUAUUUAUGUGCUGAGUUAGGUGGAGGAACAAUCAUAGUUGCGAACCGGACGGCUGCCUCGGGCUGGGAAACGUUUAGAUUGUGGAGAAUCAAUGAGACCACUUUCAAUUUUAGGGUCUUUGAUAAACGAUUCAUCGGACUUGACGCCAAUGGGAAAGGGAUUGACUUAGUAGCUGUAUCCAACACGCCUGGCGGCUCGGAGAUGUUUGAGAUUGUGAAAAACUCUGAUGAUGUGAGCCGUGUUCGAAUCAAAGCACCAAAUGGGUUCUUCUUACAGGUGAAAACAGAGGAGUUGGUGACUGCGGACCACCCUGGUGGGGGUGGAUGGGGUGAUGAUGAUCCCUCAGUAUUUGUGAUGACAAUUGCUGAGACACUGCAGGGAGAGUUUCAAGUGACAAAUGGUUAUGGACCAAACAAAGCCCCACAAAUUAUGAGAGAGCAUUGGAGCACAUACAUAGUUGAAGACGAUUUUAAGUUCAUAGCAGGAAAUGGACUUAAUGCUGUGAGAAUACCCGUUGGUUGGUGGAUAGCUAGCGAUCCAACGCCGCCGAAGCCUUAUGUUGGAGGAUCUUUGCAAGCAUUAGACAAAGCCUUCACUUGGGCGCAGAAGUACGGAGUGAAGAUCAUAAUUGAUCUACAUGCGGCACCUGGCUCACAAAAUGGUUAUGAACACAGCGCUUCCAGAGAUGGCUUUCAGGAAUGGGGCUUAACGGACGAAACCAUACAGAAGUCUGUUUCUGUUAUAGACUUCCUAACUGCAAGGUAUGCAAAGAGUCCUAGCCUUUAUGCGGUUGAGCUUCUAAACGAGCCUCUCGCACCAGGAGCAACUCUGGAUAUGCUUAACGAAUACUACAAGGCUGGUUAUAAUGCUGUACGCAAACACUCUUCUACGGCUUACGUUGUGAUGUCAAAUCGGCUGGGAGCAUCUGAUCCUACUGAGCUAUUCCCUCUAACAAAUGGCUUAACUAGAACUGUGAUUGAUGUUCAUUAUUACAAUCUCUUUUGGGAUGUCUUUGAUGACAUGACCGUGCAACAAAACAUAGAUUUCAUCCACACAAAUAGAACCGCACAGUUGAAUCAAAUCACUACAUCAAAUGGACCUCUUACUUUUGUCGGUGAAUGGGUUGCUGAAUGGCAAGUCAAAGGAGCAACAAAAGAGGAUUACCAAAGAUUUGCCAAGGCCCAACUAGGGGUGUAUGGAAGAGCAAGUUUUGGUUGGGCGUAUUGGACUCUAAAAAAUGUAAACAAUCAUUGGAGCCUGGAGUGGAUGAUUAAAAAUGGUUAUAUCAAGCUUUAGAUUAGAACAGAACAUCAUCAAACAUCAAUUGAGGCCUCUUCUGAAGUCCGGUUGAUUUAACACCACAUGAAUGAGGCCAACUAUGUUAACUUUUUCUAGUAUACUUUCAAUAAAAGCCAAAUAAAUUGUAAAUUCCCAAUCACCAAUUGUGGUCCUUAACCGGUCAAUUCAAUAAUCGGUUUGAAUGGUUGAAA